UCAAAAAAACGUUCAAAUAAUUUUGAUUUAUUAAAAUUUUAAGGACGACAGCAUGAGUAAAUACGCCAUUUCAAUUAUGGGCGCGGUAAAUUCUGUAUUAAAGGCAUUGUUAAAGCAGUCGAGAAUAUUGUAUCCUCUACGGAAAUAUUCUUCUAAUAUUGCUCGUCCACCGUCGUUAGAACUGCCUAGUGGUCAAAAAAUGCCACAAUUUGGAAUAGGAACUUGGCAAUUAACAAGUGAGAAUGAAAUUAAUACGACUAUUAAUACAGCUUUGACAGUCGGUUACCGUCACAUAGACACUGCAAUUAUGUACGACAACGAGGAGUUUAUAGGAAACGUAUUACAACAAUGGAUCUCUUCUAAUAAGUUGUCCCGUGAUGAUUUGUUUAUCACCACUAAAUUACCAAAGAUCGGAGUACACCCCGAUCGAGUGGAAAUGUUUUUGACACGGUCCUUAAAAAAUUUGCAACUGGAUUACGUUGACUUGUACUUGAUUCAUUUUCCAGUUGGUUUUAAGUACAUACCAAAUAUGAAUGGUAGAUAUGCGACAGAUUUAAAAGGACGUGUCGUGAUGGAAGAAAAAACCGAUCACGCAGCGAUUUGGCGAAAAAUGGAAGAACAAGUAGAGGCCAACCGCACGAAAAAUAUUGGUUUAUCGAACUAUAAUAUCCCUCAAAUGACUACAGUUUUAGAAUCGGCACGUAUCAAACCUGCAAACUUGCAAGUGGAAAUUCACAUCUUCUUCAACCAAGAUCAUCUCGUCGACUUUUGCAAAAAAAAUGGGAUUACUGUUACUGCAUACUCCCCUCUGGCUAACCCAGGCUAUAAUAAAUUUAUGAAGAAACUGGAAAAACCAGCCACGCACCUCCCAAAGAUUUUCUUGAACACUCAAGUCAUCGAACUCGGAAAGAAAUAUUCCAAGACACCAGCACAAAUAGCUCUCAGAUUUCUUUUGCAAAGGGGGUUAGCGACGAUUCCUAAAAGCGCCACACCUAAACGAAUUGAAGAAAACAUUAACGUAUUUGACUUUGUUUUAACUGAUGAUGAAAUGAAAAUGUUGCAUAAGUUAGAAAUGGGAGACUUAGCUCGAGUAGUUGAUUUUACUGUGUAUCAAGGGAUCUACCAUCAUCCAGAUUUUCCUUUCUAGAAAUAGGUUGAUUUUAGUCAUCCUAAAUUUUACAAAAAUAUAAGGAC